GGGAAAAAGAAAAAAUAAAAAAGGGGAAGGAAAAAGGAAGCCCCUGUGAAGGCGGUGGACUGCAGUGAUAAUUCAACGCAAGUACAGAACCCUUGCCGCUGAGAAUUGAGAUCACACAAUUCAGAGAACCCAUUCAUUUGUUGCUCUCGGGCGUGGUAAUGGGGAACGCGUACUGUAUCUUUUGCGGGUGCGUGGGCCAGGCCAACGUAGGCGUCGUGGAAAAAUGGGGCCGGUUUCUGAAACUGGCGCAACCAGGUCUCCACUUCUUCAAUCCUUUCGCCGGCGAAUCCCUCGCCGGAAUUAUCUCCACUAGAAUCAGUUCUCUCGACGUCAAAAUCGAGACCAAAACCAAGGACAAUGUCUUUGUCCAAAUGCAUUGCUCGAUUCUAUAUCGAGUGAUCGGAUCAAAUGCUGAUGAUGCAUUCUACGAGUUGCAAAAUCCCAGGGAACAGAUUCAAGCAUAUGUAUUUGAUGUGGUUCGAGCUCAUGUUCCCAAAAUGAAUUUGGAUGAGCUUUUUGAGCAGAAGGGUGAUGUAGCUCAGGCUGUAUUGGAAGAACUUGAGAAGGUAAUGGGAGCAUAUGGAUACAACAUUGAACAGAUACUGAUGGUGGACAUUAUUCCUGAUCCCUCUGUGCGCAAAGCUAUGAAUGAGAUAAAUGCAGCUCAAAGGCAACAGCUGGCUAGUGUGUACAAGGGAGAAGCAGAGAAGAUCCUGCAGAUUAAAAAGGCAGAAGCUGAUGCUGAAGCAAAGUAUUUAGGAGGAGUUGGGGUUGCAAGGCAGAGACAGGCAAUUACAGACGGCUUGCGAGAGAACAUCCUGAAUUUCUCUCACAAAAUCGAAGGCACCUCAGCUAAGGAAGUGAUGGAUCUGAUCAUGGUCACCCAGUAUUUUGAUACAAUCAAGGACCUUGGGAAUUCUUCCAAGAACACUACAGUUUUCAUACCCCAUGGCCCUGGUCAUGUUCGGGAUAUUGGUGAGCAGAUACGCAAUGGCCUGAUGGAGGCCUCCAGUGCACAGAUAUGUGCUGAAUAGGUUUAUUGGUUUUUCGGAUGUUCAAAGGAUUGAGGAGUUAUUGGUUUGAUAAUCACAUCAGACAUUACAUGGUUAUACGUCUUUCUCGUGAUAUUGUAAAUGGUCUUUUUUGGCUAAGAAUAUGGUGUAGUGUCUGACUGUUUGAUUAGGAUCCCGUUCUUUUAUUAGGAUUCAGGGUCUUUUGUCGAACCUCGAGGCAUUUUGCCACGAGUUUUACUUGCUUAAAUGCGCUAUUCUCUGUUCUUCCA